UCUAUGAAGCGCCUUGAGGCGACUGUUGUUGUGAUUUGGCGCUAUAUAAAUAAAAUUGAAUUGAAUUGAAUUGGGGACACAAGUAAACCUCACCUGUCCAUUUCUUCUUCAUGAAACUGGUCCCACAACCUGAGCUGUACACGUAUCUCUCACCCUCACACACUCUGGGUCCUUCCCAGCAAACAGAUGACAUUCAGCAUCACCUGAAGCCAGUUUAAGCAGUCAGUGAUUGGAUCACCAUGAUCUCUGUCCCCAGUGAACCAACAGACGUUUCCAGGAGAGAAAAUGGGACAAGCAGUGAGAUCUGCCCUUCCUGUACUUGUGCCCAUAGUUAUGUGCGCUGUCAUUAGCUUUAUUAUUAUAGCUUCAGUUUAGGUUCAGUCUCCUGAUGAGAUGUUUUAGCUUGUCCAGAGAAACAUGAUUGCACUGUAGCUCAGUGAAUGCAAAUCUUCGUUGAGCUGGUAUUGUACUGCAACUGAGUGAAGUAAGAGGCCGGGUGAGAAGCAACAUCAGCUGACCAAGUCUCAUAGUCACUGAAUCAGCUGCUCCCUGAAUCCACCUGCACAGCAGGACAGGUGACACGAGUUCUUUGACAUUUCAGAGCCAGUUUUGGACGGUGUUUUAGGAAGUAGGAAGCAACAACUCUGUAUGAGUGCGAUGUACACGAUGGCCUUGACAUAACAGCAGCAGUCACUGCUCUUUCCUCUGUUUAUUGUUACUGUCUGUAAAAAGGGAAGAAAGUGCAAUAGUCUGUUCUUCUGCACCCAGAUGCUCUUCAUUCCUUCCCCUUUAAUUCACAUUUUCAUAAUGUGAUCUUUUUUCUUUGUAAAAACGAAGAGGACAGGAUGUAUUCUUGUAUAUAGAGUUUACACAGUGUUUACUGGUUAAAUGUAUUUAUUGGAAAUGACAGGGAUGCUUUUUUCCUCCACACAUGUGAAAGUGCCAAUGAUGAAACGAUGGCUUUAGGUUUGAAUGCCGUAACAUGGUCUAAGGCUGUUUUCUGAAUUUUAUUUUUAAGAAUCUCAGGAUUGGGAACAAACUAGCACUUUCAACAAUGUAUGAGCUCAGACAUGAAUCCAUGUUUUAGGUGCAACUGUGUGGGUUUUUUCUAAGCUGAACACAAACACACUCCGGCUGUUGGUGUUAGAAGUAAAGAACAAGUCGCCUCCUGUGGUUCUUGUUACUGCGCUGAUUUUGAUCGUUUUUCACGCCUUCCCAAUCGUUUGUUAAAUCCUUUCUUAUUUAAUGUGCCCUCUCUCCUUUGAGUUGUUGGUUAUCACUUACUGAUUAAAGAACUAUACUGAUAAAUCUCAGUGUCGUGAUUACUGCACAGCCCAUUGAGACAACUGAUUUGUGAUUUACUCAAAAUCCGGAAAGCGACUGCGUUCGGACGGUGAUGAUCAGCUAAUUAAUGAGAAAACAUUCAGGUUAAAAAACUAGGAGCAUGUUUGAACCAUGCAUACAGAUGUGCACAGACCACAACUUUCCACAGAGAUUAAACUCCAUGUUAUGAUACUGCACAGCUGCGAAUGUGAAUGUGGAAGUUUGUCAUAGAUUAAAAAAAGACUAAUUAAAUGAUGCACAACUGUGUCUGACUUUAUGUGCAAUGUGUUCUCUUCAGUGAUCCACGCGUGUCAGUAGAGCCUAAAUGUUCACGUCACCCUUAAAACGAAUGCUGGGAGAUGUGAAGGUCGCGCUCAGGCGGGGAAACAGCGACGCCUAACGGUGACGCACAGCAAACAAGAAGGACGUGAAGGAAUUUCCGCUGACGUCACCGCGUAUGGCCAUAUCAGGGCUGCAGCUGUCCGAGAGCAACAAUAACAAGCGCUACUCCGCAGCCUGAGCGCAGCUUUAACGGCGCUGACAGCACCGAAUACCGUCGAAAUGCUCAAAAUGCAGCUUUCGAAUUAACUCUGCCGUUUGUUUCUUUGUCCUCCGAGCUGACCUCCGGCUGUCGUUCACGCUGACGCCGCCGAACACAGACUCGGGCGCAGGGGGAGCUUUGCAAUUUGCGGCUGCAUCUGGGUCAGUGGGCCCGACGUUAACCGCACCAGAGGUUUGCUUAUCCCCGUGGACCUGUCAGCUGUUCGUACACGCACCAUAUCGCCGUUAUAAACCGUGGCAACAUGGAGGCUAACGGUGGAGGACAGGACCGGGAUUCCGAGCUCUCCUGUCGAAACGGUACUCAGAAUGGCGAGUCGUCCUCCACCGUGGCCGCUCACUCCAACGGACUUAUCUCGGUAACCAACAAUGGCAACGCUGUCAGCAACAACAACGGAGUGGCAGCCCAGCCCGCCUCCAACAACAACAGCAGCAGCAGCGCGGCGGAUGGCGGGUCGGGUGUCAAGAAGAAGAAGCGCCUGACUCAGUCCGAGGAGGAUGUCAUCAGGCUCAUAGGACAACAUCUGAACGAUUUAGGUCUCAACCAGACGGUGGACCUCCUGAUGCAAGAGUCUGGCUGCAGACUGGAACACCCCUCUGCCACCAAGUUUCGCAAUCACGUCAUUGAAGGAGAGUGGGACAAGGCUGAGAGUGACCUGAAUGAGCUGAAGGCACUGAUGCAUUCUCCUAGUGCUAUAGUGCGGAUGAAGUUCCUACUCCUGCAGCAGAAAUAUCUGGAAUAUCUGGAGGACGGGAAGGUGCUGGAGGCCCUGCAGGUCCUCAGAGCCGAACUCACCCCUCUCAAAUAUAACACGGAGCGCAUCCACAUCCUGAGCGGGUACCUGAUGUGCAGUCAUGCAGAGGACCUGCGAGCCAAAGCUGAGUGGGAGGGCAAAGGCACAGCAUCGCGCACCAAACUGCUGGACAAACUCCAAACUUACCUGCCUCCGUCAGUGAUGCUGCCUCCCCGUCGUCUGCAGACUCUCUUGAAGCAGGCUGUGGAGCUCCAGAGGGAGCGCUGCCUCUACCACAACACCAAACUGGACAGUGGUCUGGACUCUGUGUCUCUGCUGCUGGACCACUCCUGCAGCCGGAAACAGUUCCCCUGCUACACACAGCAGAUUCUCACAGAACACUGCAAUGAAGUCUGGUUCUGCAAGUUCUCCAACGAUGGCACAAAACUGGCAACUGGCUCCAAAGACACCACAGUCAUUGUGUGGCAAGUCGACAUGGACAUCCAGCAGCUGAAGUUGAUGAAGACUCUUGAAGGUCAUGCUUAUGGAGUUUCCUACCUGGCAUGGAGCCCUGAUGAUGCUUAUCUGAUAGCCUGCGGCCCUGACGACUGCUCCGAGCUGUGGCUGUGGAAUGUGCAGACGGGGGAGUUGCGAACAAAGAUGAGUCAGUCCCACGAGGAUAGCCUAACCAGCGUGGCCUGGAACCCAGAUGGCAAACGCUUUGUCACCGGCGGCCAGAGGGGCCAGUUCUACCAGUGUGACUUGGAUGGAAACCUCCUGGACUCCUGGGAGGGAGUUCGGGUGCAGUGCCUGUGGUGUCUCAGUGACGGCCGCACAGUCCUCGCAUCUGACACCCACCAACGCAUCCGAGGAUACAAUUUUGAGGACCUGACAGACAGAAACAUAGUGCAGGAGGACCAUCCCAUUAUGUCUUUCACUGUUUCCAAAAAUGGAAGGUUAGCUCUGCUCAAUGUUGCUACUCAGGGAGUGCACCUUUGGGACCUGCAGGACCGGGUGCUGGUGAGGAAGUACCAAGGUGUCACCCAGGGUUUUUACACCAUCCAUUCCUGCUUCGGGGGGCACAAUGAAGACUUCAUUGCCAGUGGUAGUGAAGACCACAAAGUUUACAUCUGGCACCGGCGCAGUGAGCUGCCCAUCGCAGAGCUGACCGGUCACACACGCACAGUCAACUGUGUGAGCUGGAACCCCGUGGUGCCCGGUCUGCUGGCCAGCGCCUCAGACGAUGGAACCAUCCGAAUCUGGGGACCUGCGCCCUUCCUGGAUGUCCAGGAUGCAGAGGGACUGAAUGAGUGUUGCAGCAUGGACAGCUGAUGAUCUGCCGCUAACACCCUGAAAGCAUUGAGACUCUGUAGACACUUGAAUGCAUAAAGUGGGGAUGUUUUUUAAUUGGACAGCUGCAUCUUGAAGGCGUGGCCUGUAGUGGGGCGCGCCUGGACGUCACAACACGAGCUGUCGAACUCGAGGCCGGGCUCCAGGACAUCUGACCCACCUUCUCCUCCAAUGUGGACCCGUUCCCUAGAACCACACAGGACCACCAGCCUCCUGCUUUAUUAUAAAGUCCAUUAUUUAUUCCUGAGUAGUUCACGGAGUAGUGCUAGGCGCCCGGUGGAGGCUUCGUCUCUGAGCUUCUCACAUGAAGAAACUCUGACCCGUCGCUGAACCUUUUCUGAGACUAGCUGCAGCGAUGGUUGGUGGAAGUGAGACCCACUCGAAGAGAAUCUUUUAACUGCUAUAGUCUGUUUUUGGUUUUGUUCCUUACUUUUAAAUGUGGAGUUUCAUGGCUUGGCUCCGUUGUGCUUUCCUGCUUAAACCCAGAGACAGAAUCGUGUCCCAGGAGCAUGUUGCAUAGGAAUCUGCAUAACUCGUGUUUUACACUCGCAGUGUUCAAGUGUGUCAAGUGCUUUGCUGUUUGUGAGGGCGUACAGCAGCUGAUGUGUACAGCUGUGUCAUCAUACGUGGAUUAUGGGAUGUUGUUUCCUCUGUUCAAGUGUGGAGUUUCCUUUAAUUCAUGUUUUCACUCUUUGCUCUUUGAUUGUGUUUCAGCCUGUUUCCUUCCUCUGUACAAACAACAGUCAUGUUGUGUGUCUGUGUGUGUCUGCUAUCUGUUUCAUCGUUUGUCAUCUUUAUCGGUGCUGUUGGUUCUGAGUGGAGGUGUAGCAUAGAGACAGUCUGAUUUCUGACAGAUGUGUUUACAUGAGGCUGUCAGUGAACCUCUCCAUGAACAGUGUGUCAAUAAUAACACAAUCGUCUAACAAACCCAGGCUGACUAAACUAAAACUGCUGGCACGUCGUUUUUGAACACACUGAUUGCCGUGACCACCCGCAGGCUCGUUUCCUUGAACUGCUAGUGAAGCAGCACUGUGGUUGAGAUCUGGGUUGUGCAUCUCAGUUUGUUUUGGUCCAUUGAGAGAAUGUUUGUAGUAGAAAACAACUUUCCUGACUUCCUUCAUUUACGAGUGGCUGUAGGUCAGGAGGUAGAGCCGGCUCGAUGGUUCGAACCCUGGCUCCCCCAGUCUGCAAGCCAAACAUCCUUGGGCGCGAUACUAAAGCCAGGCUUCUCUCCUCUGAUGCAUUUAGAUAGAAAGCACUUGAAGUAUGGUGAAUGUGUAUAAAGCACUGUAUAAGAGUCAGUCCAUUUAUCACGGUGGACUGAUGACUCAGAGGGUUUUUGAAGUUUGUAGCUGUGCACAUCUACGUAAAGGCUCCUGUGACAAUGACGUCGGUUUGAUUCGAAGCAGCUCGAGGGUCACCUCCUCCCUCCAGUGUUAGUGGGAUUACUCAGUGCGACCAGUAAAGACAGACACAUAAAAACAGAACAUCUCUUUGUUAUUAAUUCAGUUCAUCGUCUACUCUGGAAUCUCACGUGAAGCCGCGGCAUCUCUGCAGCUUAAAGAAAUCUUUAUUACUCCAAAAAGAUUUGGGAUCCACGUCAUUUUGUAAAUUACAUUUUCUUAAGAUAAAAACGAAAACAUUAUCCUUAAUGUUCGACACAUCAGUAGGAAGCGAACAAAAUGACAGAGCGUGUGACUUAAUCUGAGUUUCCACAUGUUUCCUGUCUUGGGUCAAAGAGCAGCCUUCCUCCAUGUGUGGUACACAGUUGUGUUAUUCUGAUAUUUGUGUUUCGGGGUUCCCACGUCUGGUUUCUGUUUGCUAACACGACUCGUUUAGAGCGUCACACUCGGUGCUUCUGGCUGAAAUGAACAAACAACUGAAAUUUGAAUAAUGCAGAUCAGUUUUUAUCCAAACAGCUUUUAUACUCUCUGUAAGUCUAUUCAGAUUCUUUCCAGUUGUGAGCAACAGCUGGAAGACGGUGGGAACCCUGUGGUCUCCCCGGACAUAACUGUAGCCAUCAGCAGCUUCGCUCCUCCAUCGCACACACAGACACACACAGACACACACAGACACACACAGUGCACAACAGCAUCUCUCCCACAGCCCACACGUGGUGUUUGAGUUUCUGCUUCUGUGAUCAUUUCAGGCUUCUCUUCUUCAGUCAAGAAGCCAAAGUAGUAACUGUGUUUGCUUGCAGGCAGUUUUUGCCUGGAAUUCAGUUUUAAUGUGUUAUUGCAAAAAGUGAUUGUACUAUUCAGUCUAGUUCUAGAAUUAUGUGUCCAGAUUUUAAAUAAAGCAUUCGGGGUUUUAAAAAAA